AAAUGUAUUAAAUGACAUUAAUUAUCUUAUAAAGGGCAUAUAGGUAAUUUAAGUUUAUUUAUAAAAUAUUAGAUAAAUUUAAUUAUCAGGAAAUGAGGGACAGAUAAAUUUAUCUGUAAAAAGUUAUAUAAGAAGUCACAUGAGGAUUUUUUUUCGAAAAACGUCAUAUAAGUUUAAUAAAUACGUAGGAAAUGAUAAUAUCUAGAAUGCUUUUCAUAUAUGAUCUUUUCUACUUCAUAUCUUAAUUAACAAAUAUUAUCUAAAAAAUUUUUACAAACUAAAGUUGAAAAUCAUUUUUUAUUUUUUUGCUUGGCCAAGAGGGCAAAUCCAAUGUUGAAAAGGAUAUUUUUCAUGAUAGUUAAGUUAGGUUCAGUCUUUUUUUUUUUUUUUACUUUCAACUUAUUAUGUAGAGAUGGUCGAGGAGAUCGAUCACGAUUGACACUUAUAAAUCUUCAGUUUGUUACAUUAAUAUUAGUUUAUUCAUCUCUUAAAUAUACAAGUAGUAAUGACAAUUAGAGGACUAUGAUAGACUUGGUUGGAGUGCUUUUAAGAUUCAAAAUACUCACACUUGAAGACCUCAAAUUCAGCCUACCACCCAAUGGUAAGAGAUAAAAUCAUAUAUUCUAUAUAUAAUGUAAUAUAUAUAUACUUGACCAUGUCUAGAUAGAUUCCAAAUUAAGUUGAUUGCACCCUAAUGAGCUCGUGCAGGCAUGUUUAUUUGCAGCUCCAAAAUCUUGCCAAACCACUAAGUAGAUAGCAGCAGUAUAGCCAAAACAUGGCCACCACCUUCUCUUCAUUUUAUAUUUAUGCCUCUUCUCAGUUCCAAUCAACUCAAUUGCUCGUUUCCUCCAGCCAGCCAUGGCCAACUUCCCAAUCUUUCUCCUCUUGCUUCCAUGGAUUCUUCUACCCCUUUCUGCUUCAAGCUUUCAAGCUCGGAAACUAGAACAAGAUUUUGACGAAGAUGAUAAUCGUCACGUCCCCAAAACCUCUCUCCCAAAAUUUAGCAAUGACCCACCAAAGAAGCUCAUGAACGUUAUAGACUCUUGCUGGAGAUCAGACCCCAACUGGGCUUCCAACCGCAAGGCCUUGGCCGACUGUGCCGUGGGCUUCGGCAGCGCGGCGGGUGGCGGCAAGUCCGGCGAGAUAUACGCCGUCACUGACCCCUCCGACGACCCUGUGAAGCCCAACCCCGGAACUCUCCGGUACGGCGCGAUACAGGACGAGCCUCUCUGGAUCAUUUUCGAAAAAGACAUGGUUGUGGAGCUCGAGAACGAGCUAAUCAUCAACAGCUACAAGACCAUCGAUGGGCGAGGAGCGAAGGUUGAGAUUACGGGGGCAGGCUGCAUCACCAUUGAUGGAGUGAGCCAUGUGAUUGUUCACGGGAUCAGUAUUCAUGACUGUAAGCCGGCGAAGGCCGCCAUGGUGCGGAGCUCGCUGGAGCACGUCGGCCAGAGGCUGGGGUCGGACGGCGACGGGAUCUCCGUGUUUGCGUCGAGUGAUGUGUGGAUUGACCACUGCUAUCUGGCUCGAUGCAGCGAUGGGCUGGUUGAUAUCAUCCAUGCGUCCACUGCGGUCACCGUUUCUAACAACUACUUCACCCAACAUGACAAAAUGGUGCAGGUGAUGUUGCUUGGACACAGAGAUGACUACACUGAAGACAAGAUCAUGAAAGUCACAGUAGCUCUCAACCGCUUCGGCCCCGGUCUGGUUCAGAGGAUGCCAAGGGUGAGGCAUGGGUAUGCUCAUGUGGCUAACAACAAGUACGAUGAAUGGCUGAUGUAUGCCAUUGGUGGCAGCGCCGAUCCAACCAUUCUCAGUGAAGGAAACUACUUCUUGGCCUCCGACUAUGCUUAUGCUAAACAGGUCACAAAAAGAGAGACAAACGAAGGGUGGGAGAAGUGGAAAUGGAGGUCUGCAAAUGAUGUUUUUGAGAACGGAGCCUUCUUUGUUCCAUCAGGGUGGGGGAGCUGCGCUCCUCUCUACUCGCACCCACAGCUGUUUCCUGUGUCUCCAGGAUCGCUGGUUCCUCUCUUGACUUCUGAUGCCGGUCCUCUCCAAUGUGUUCCUUCCAAAGCCUGUUAAUUAAUUUAUUAUGGUUAAUUUUCUCUAUUUGUAUGAGUUUAAUUAAUUAUUAAUAUAAUCUGCUCUUUUGGUC